UACAUUUGAUUGUUGCUGCCUGGCGGAUAUAAUAUUGCUCUCGUUCCCCGCAGGCAGGCAUUCAUUCAAUUGUUGCAUGCUGCACCUCACAGCAAAACAGUUAUGUUUGGUUGCUGCCAUUCCACAAAAAGAUUAGGCUUGUGGAAGGUGCUUCAGAAGCAUCUCUUUCAAGCCAGGACCUUAUCGGGUGCUGAUGCUGUCAAUGCCCUGAGACCUUUCUAUUUUGCUGUACAUCCGGACUUCUUUGGGCAAUAUCCAAGGGAAAGGGAAGUGAAUGAAAAUUCCCUCAAGAGAUUAAAUGGAUACUUAGAAAAUCUUCAGAAGCCGGGCAGGCCACAUAAACCCGCCCAACUCACUUUUUAUGUACGACAAACAGUGCAAAAUGCUGUAGAUGUUAAAGAUGCUACAACACCACAAGGGUUUCGAUCAGUUAGCUUUACAUUGAAUACCAAAGAUUUGUUAAAGACGGUGUUGGAUAUUCUCAGCUCCUGCAGUUUAUCUACCGACCACGUGCAAGGCUCAUCAGUAGACAGUAGGGAAGUAAAACAUGGAUUCUACAGACCAAUAAGAUGGGACAAAACAUAUUAUGCAUUCACUGGAUUCAAGGAUCCCGAGGAGGAGUUGGAGCAAGCCCAAAGAGUAGAGAUAACCAUUAACUCAUGGUUAGAAAGCAAUCAAGAGUUGGCUAACCAGAAAUUAAGCAAUAGUUACCCACUAAGAAAGGAACUGGAGCGAUUAAAGAAUGAGCUCGCUCACCAAUUUCAGCUGUCGGAUGUUCGGUGGCAAAGAAGUUGGGGUAUCUCACAUCGCUGCAGCCAACUUCAUAGUUUAAGUCGUUUAAGUCAACAAAAUCCUGAGUAUUUGAAAAUGGCUAAAGGGCGCACAGUAAUAUUUACAGAACACACUGGCAUGAGUGCAGCAGGCCAUGUGAUGCUGGGUACCACUGACGUUCAUCACCACUGGAGCAAUCUUUUCGAGAGGUUGCCCAGUUACUAUCACCUUCAGAAGAAGUUACUGCAUCUACAAGAAAGAAUAAGUCAUCUCCUAGGGGGAAUAGAAAUCUUACAUAUGGAGGAACUACAGCCACUGUUGACAAUAGAAGAAUACUAUUCAACCUUAGAUGCGUUUUGCAACAAGCUGUUAAAGAGAAGAGUGCCCAUCCAUCCUCGUAGUUUGCGUGGCCUUCAAAUGAUACUUGAGAAUGAUCUGUUCAUGCCUCGCUUACAUGAGCUGGGACACUUUCAUAUACCAACGGUUUGUGAUCCUGCAUCACUGCAAUGGUUUAUCAUGGCUCAUGCCCAACAAGCCAGGGAAAGACUGAAGCGGAAAGAGGAAUUAAAGAUGAUAGAACUAGAGGUGACCAAAGCCUACAAGGACAGGUCUUCCCUCAAGAGACUGUACAAGGAGCCCAGUGUGUCAUGUGUGCAGAUGAUUGACUGCUGCAGACGGUUGAUAGAGGAGCCCCUACCUUACCUGCAAGGCAUGCACCUCUGUGUCUCACAUUAUUAUUCCGUACUUCAGGAUGGAGAUUUGUGCAUCCCGUGGAACUGGAAGAGUUGAAAACUGUUAUUUAUUUGGCCAACGCAAUAAUCAUACGUACUGUACAGCUACAAAACUAUAUAAAGAUAUUUUAUAGAAACCCAUGAACUACAAUGCUGUCAAAGUGGAGUUAAACAAUAUAAAUAAUUGAAGAGCACAUUUGCUAAAUGUUUAUUAGAUCUGUUGACUACAGUGUUUCAGUGUUGCUGUCAUUUUAACAUGCCACAAGGUUACUUUCAGUAUUUCCUGAUAGACAUUCAGGGCUAGGUAUGAUGGCUGCUCGUGCAAUGCUGAGAGCUAAAGAUCUCUCAAAACAAACCGUUAGUCCUUUGCAUUAGCCCUGUAUAUUAUGUCCCAAAUUCCAAAACAACAGAGACAAAACAAUUUUUAAUUUUCUAUUUUACACGUUUUUGAGAUACCUUCCAUGUUUGUUAGAGAAUAAUCAGCCAUAGGCAUAGACUUCAGUUUCUCUUUAACAGUCAAGGCACCAGUUGUUGUCUAUGUUUUUACCAAGAACUCUAAGAAGAAUUAACGAAUAGAACAAGGGUCAGUGUCACAUAUGUCCUUGUGGAGAUACCUAAUGAUAAAUGUUAAGAAACCCAAGGACUUUAAAUAAAGUGGUGAAUUACCCAACAAUACCUUUUCUAUAAAUAUUUGUUAAAGGGACAGUCAAGUCCAAACAAAACUUUCAUGUUUUAAAUAGGGCAUGCAAUUUUAAACAACUUCCCAAUUUACUUUUAUCACUAAUUUUGCUUUGUUCUCUUGGUAUUCUUAGUUGAAAGCUAAAACUAGGAGGUUCAUAUGCUAAUUUCUUAGACCUUGAAGACUGCCUCUAAUCUAAAUACAUUUUGACCACUAGAGGGCAUUAGUUCACAUCUUUCAUAUAGAUAACAUUGAGCUCAUGCACGUAAAGUGACCUAGGAGUGAGCACUGAUUGACUAAAAUGCACGUCUGUCAAAAGAACUGAAAUAAGGGGGCAGUAAGCAGAAGCUUAGAUACAAGAUAAUUACAGAGGUAAAAUGUGUAUUAUUAUAACUGUUGGUUAUGCAAAACUGGGGAAUGGGUAAUAAAGGGAUUAUCUUUCUUUUUAAACAACCCAAAUUCUGGUGUUGACUGUCCCUUUAACAAAAAAUACCUCUAAAAUUAAAUUGCAUUGAUAACCAUAUAUUAAAAACCAUAAACGGAUAGUAAAGAAAAGAGACAUGAGACCUGGAAUGGGGACCAUCGCUUCCACUCCCAAUAUUUUCAAGUCUGGUCUCACAGAAGGAAGUUUAAAAACUCACAGAGCCACGUUUUAUUUCCAGUGGAAUCUGAGCCCAGGAUACAUAUUUAUACCAUAAUCAUCAAAUGCCUGUAUACAAGUUACUCCAUCAUCAUUAAAACGAAGGGAAUAAGGAGAAGGAUAUUCCUCAAAAACGUUCACACAGCUUGAACUUCUAGGCGCUCAUAGGCGGCCUGCCUGCAAGCGUCCUGUUACUAAACACAUUCAGCCGAUUUGCGGCUAAAAUUCACUAGUUCUAAUCAGUUAACAAGCACUCACAUCAUUUGUGCAACAUAAAUGGUUAUAAUAUUCAUUAACAAUCUACAUAAAUUGAAACAAAUGUUGACAGUGGUACACCACUCUCACUCGCCGUUACUAUGGGCCCAUCAUUUUUUAGCAAUAUCCUACUCCUUAUUCCCUUCGUUCGAAUGAUGAUUAUGGUUUACAUAUGAAUCCUGUGCUCAUAUGCCUGAUGAAAAAAACUUCCUUCUGUGAGACCAGACUUGAAAAUAUUGGGAAUAUAAGUCAUGGUCCCCAUUCCAGGUCUUUUCUUUACUAUUCUUUUAUGGUUUUUAAUAUAUGGUUAUAAAAAAAAUGUAGUUUUAGAUGUAUUUAUUGUUAAAAAAUAUUUAUAUGAGAUACCUGAUGCCUUAGAGGACAAUUCAGUAUAUUAGUUUACCUUUAUCUGUUUUUUUCGUUUUUUUAAUGUUUUAUUAUUUAUUAUUAUUUUUUACAUUCUAUCUUGCUCAUGACAUAUAUGUCUCUAUACUGUGCUAUGACUACUUCUAAAACAAUUACAGUUUUAUAUGCCAGUAAAGUUAAAGUGAAUUCAUGGGAUUUAAUACACGGCAUCCAACUUCCUAUACCUGGCAGGUACACUGCUUUUUUCCGGGAGAUAAAAACAAAAUUAAGAUGGUGCCAAAAUAAUUUUCUUUUAUUGGUGAUUAUGAUUUAUUUUUCCUAUCCAUAAACUAAAACCUUGCAACCAUAGUGUAAUGAAUUAUCAGCCUAAUUCUGUACUGUUUAUUGUUUUACCUCCAUUUUUGAUCUAGACAUUUCUAGAUUAAAAGAACCUUUUAAUGAAUUGAUUCAUCUAGUGUAGUGCUGAUUAUUUUAUUUCACAAAGGUGGUUUCUUCAGUGUGUGUUUUUCAUUGUUUUCUGUUGUUAACUUGAGAUAGGAAAUAAUAUAUGCAUGGUUCAGAAAUGAGACAUUCAAUUAACUGAGAAUCGAAAUAAAGAAAACGCCAUUGACUUACUAAAAAAAAAUCUGUUUAACCAUUUUGUAUUAAAUAUGACUUCCUCCCAGCUUUAGACAGGAAAGUACACCCUGUCUCAGAUUGUAAAAUAUAAGAACAAUGAAAAGAGUUCUAUGUUUAGUUUUAUUUUUUCAAUAAAGAAAUAAAAGCAGGCAAACUAUGUGACUUUUUUACUGUGUAACCGUUUUUAAAAAGUUACUGUAGAGUCUAAUCAUUUUAUUUUAGCGUGCUCUUCGGUUUACACAGUAUAAUUGGAUUAAUUUGUGGUUGCCUGGAACACCUUAUUAGCGAAUUGCAUAUUUUAUGUGUUUAUAUUGGAGUUAUCUGAAAUAAACAUUUAAACACUC